CCAGUUGGCACUAGUUCAUUCGCGUCUAUUUUGUACGCGAAACAGUAAAAAAAGAAAAGAAAUAUUUGUACUAUUUUUCUAACGUUUAUACGCUUUUUAUAAAUGAAGACCCAGCCACAGAUAAUGUUGUGAGGCCCCGUUUUUGAGAGGCGAUUGCAAAGCGCGAACACCCUGCUGACGGCCUAUAUUCCCCAAAAAACCGAUUCGAGUGCGGAAAAUGAUGUAAAACGGGGGGAAAUCUAAACCUGAAAGGCCCCACACAGCACAGCCACAAAAUGGAAAGGCACUAGCAACAACAACAUCAAAGAAGUGACCAAGAUGAGCAUGUCGUGGCGUUUUUGAAGCAUCGAUCUUAGUUUGUUAGCUAGCUUUCUGUUCAAGUCACAGAGGUACCACAGUCCCCCCUCAAAGUUCCAUCAUCUCCGAUUCCGAAUCCGAGUCCGAGUCCCCGAUCCCAGCGAGCAGUCCAUGAUGCAUAUCAAGAGCCUGCCCCAUGCCCAUGCCGCUGCCACGGCGAUGAGCAGCAACUGCGACAUUGUAAUAGUGGCCGCCCAGCCACAAACCACCAUAGCAAAUAAUAAUAACAAUGAGACGGUCACCCAGGCCACGCAUCCCGCUCACAUGGCGGCGGUCCAACAGCAGCAGCAACAACAACAACAGCCGCAGCAGCAUCAUCAGCAGCAGCAGUCGAGCGGACCUCCAUCUGUGCCGCCCCCGCCCACGGAACUUCCUUUGCCCUUCCAGAUGCACGGAAUCUCUGCGGAGGCGCACAGUGCCGCUCAAGCAGCGGCAAUGGCAGCUGCCCAGGCUGCAGCGGCUCAGGCUGCAGCGGCGGAGCAACAACAACCGGCAGUGCCGCAACCGCCACCGCACCUGACGCAUCUAACCUCGCACAGUCCAACAACGAUCCCUGGCGAUCAUUACCUGGCCAACGGACAUGGCGAGCAUCCCGGCGAGGGUAACGGUGGAGGAGCAGUCCGAGAGCCGGAGAAACCCUUCCAUUGCACCGUCUGCGAUCGUCGCUUCAGGCAGCUGAGCACACUGACCAACCACGUAAAGAUCCACACUGGCGAGAAGCCCUACAAAUGCAACGUUUGUGAUAAGACCUUCCGUCAAUCGUCGACGCUGACGAACCAUCUGAAGAUCCAUACGGGCGAGAAGCCCUACAAUUGCAACUAUUGUCCCAAGCAUUUCCGUCAGUUAAGCACUCUGGCUAACCAUGUGAAGAUCCACACGGGUGAAAAGCCUUUCGAGUGCGUCAUCUGCAAGAAGCAGUUCCGGCAGUCUAGCACGCUCAAUAACCACAUAAAAAUCCACGUUAUGGACAAAGUCUACGUUCCUGUAAAAAUCAAAACGGAGGAAGAGGAGGGGUGACUAGGACGCAUGGCGUUGGCGGCACAUCACCAUCAGCACCAGCAGCAGCAGCAACACCAGCACCACCAUCAACAGCAGCAACAUCAGCACCAUCCUCCGUCCCAACAGCAGCAUGUCGAUCAGCGAGGAGUCACUAUAACCACGCUACCCUCCGCCACAACAGUUGCCCAACAUCAGCAGCAGCAACAACACAUUCAGGAUGGCUCGCCACACCACCAUUUCAAUGUGGCGUCUCUGGGCGAUCUUUCCAGUGCAAUGCAGCUGGGCGCUGUGACGGCGGACGGCAGCUUUGUGACCAUGGGCGGCGUGGUGGUGGGACGCAUACAGCAUACACGCGAGGAGCUGCAGCAGCUGGGAGUGAUCAAGGUCGAGUCACCAUCGAAUGGUGCCACAGCCACGACGUCUACUGCGGCGGCAACGCAGCGCGAGGGAUGAGUCGAUGAGCUGCUCCUCGAGUACAUGCUCAAGGAGGAGAAUGUGGACGAGGAUGACGAGCAAGAGGCGGAGCCGGAUAUGGAAGCAGAUGUAUUGGAGAAUCAGGAGCACGAUGAGGAGGAGCAGCGAUCGAGCCAGAAGUGAGCCAUGUUUGGUGUGUACGCUUACGUUGUUGUUAGUUGUUUAAUUGUAGCGAACAUUGUUGUUGUUGUUAAGGUUUAAAUGUGACUAAGAACUUACCAAGAUGAAUGUAUAGCAAACGCUUCAAAAGUAGCUAAACGAAAGGCGCCAACACCAGCACCCAGAGCUCCCAGAAAAACAAAACACACAAACCAUAUAAAGCAACUGAAAACCAUAAACAGAAACACAUAUACUAAAUCUAAUAGAAAAGCUAAACUAAACUUAAAACCAGAAGAAAGACCUUAGUGGAGAGUUGUCUACAUAACAGCGCACCCUAUCUCACAUUGAAAAUCCCUCUCAGACCCGGAAAUAGAUUAAUACACUCUCUACUCACUUAAAUAAUCCUAACCAUAACUAGAAGGAAACUAAAUUGCUAAAUAGAAAAAGAAAACUAAAUCCCUAAUAAGCAAAAAGUCAUUGCCUGUAAGAAAAAAGUAACUAAAAUUCUUCACAAAGUGCGAACCCGAAUCAAAUUUUAAAUUUGUUAAUCCAACUCACUUUUAAAUUGUUUAAUUUAGCAUUUAACGUUUAAGAGAAAUUGUCGUACACUUUUGACUACAAGUCAUGGUGGUCGACGUUUUUUUAUUCGCCAUCUUGUGAGGGCGUGUUUUUGGUCUGGGCAAACACAAAUACAAUUUGUUUUUAAAAAAUUCCUAGCUUAAUUAUUUAAUUUUGUGAACUUAUCGAAAAAUCCAUAAACAAUACCCUAAAUAGAAAACGGAAAACAAAAAAAAUUCUAAUAGUCUUAAGUGGUCAAAACAACUAUAUAAUUUCGUAGUCCCUAGAGAGCCAUAGUUUUAAAUGCAGCGUUUUGUUAAUUUUAAUUGAUUAGUCUUAAUAGUUUUAAUUUCUGCAUUGGCAUAAUUUGGAUACACAAAAGCUGUCACGCUAGCCUUCGUUUAAAUAUUAGUUAAUGAAGUAAACACAAACUAACGCUAAUUAAUUCAUAAUUAAUUACGAUUAUGCGAUAGGAAAAAGCAACAAGUUCUGUACAAAGCCCAACUCCAAUUUGUAUGUAUAAAGCGAAAGCAGCGGCGUUAAGGAGAGAGUUUAACUAAAUUGUAAAAAAAAAAACACACCUUUUUAAAAGAGAAAAUAAUAUUUUCUAAAAAUACAACAUGCGAUUUUUUAUGUUAACCCCUUAUAUUCUCUGUUAACCUUGGUUUCCUGACGGCCCGACUGACCUUUGUUUCAAAUUUUUGGUCGCCUUUAAAUACCUUUAAAAACUGCAGCAAGGGUCGAAACUUAAAAGACACCUGCGUCAAGUUCCUAUAGAUUUCAAAGCGCAACAAAAACAAAAAUCCCCAAAUGUAUACGAAUCAAUUGCAAGACGGGAACUGGAGAUACAUUAAACAAAAACCUAGCCUAUAUAAAUAAUAAAUAAAUGUUGAUAAAUGUGUAGUGUUAACGAAUUGAAAGCAAGACAGCCAGCAGUAACGAAAAACCGAAACCCCAACCUAGCAGAGUAAAGAUUUGAUGAGCAAUGCCUGAAUCCAUAUUUGGAGUACAUCUUUUCAAGCUUUCAAUGCGUUUCUCCAACAGGAUCUAAGAUCCAAAGAGACUUUAAUUGGAUGCUUUAAAAAAAUUUCCUAAAAUUGAAAGCACAUCGGACUUCAAGCGCAAAGUUUCUAAAAUCUUAGCUCUGCACACAGCUUCCCUAACCCUCCCACGCGUAUGCAUAUACCUUACAUCUAAGAGACGUAGUGAGAUUAGCAUUUAAGAGCCUAAUUUAAUGAUAGUUGAGUAUGUAAAAUGUAAAACUGCAAAGAAUUUAGACAUACAAUGAACAAAGACAAGAAACGUUAGGAAAAAAGAGGUGGCAGAUGGAUGCGGAACUGCGAGAAACAAAAACAAACAAGCAAAAGGCUUAAAAACAAAUCGCGAUAAUAUUGUAUAAUUAUACACAUAUAUAUUUAUUAAUGUAUGUAUGUACAUGCGCAGUAGCUGUAUUUAUAUGUAAAUGUGUACGUAAUUGUGUAUUUAGUUACAGCAUAAAUAUAUAUUUGCAAUGGAGAAAUACAGAAACGAAAACUA